AUGAAGAAGGAGGGGGUUGAUCAUAACAAGUUACCAAACAAAGAAGUGAACAAUUUUCGCUUGAUGACCCAGCUGAUAGAAUUAAAAAAACAUAAGAAAGCUUAUAAAAUUUGUGAACAGAUAUUAAAAAAAUAUCCGAAGAAUGGAGAGACGUUAUCUGUUAAAGGUUAUUUAUUAAAUUUGAUGGAUGAUAAAAAUAAAGAGGAUGCAUUUAGAUUAAUUAAAGAAGGUAUAAAAAAUAAUUUAUCUAGUAGUUUUUGUUGGUAUUUAUAUGGUUGUUUGUAUAAGAUAUAUAAGAAUUAUGAUGAGGCGUUAAAAUGUUUUAUGAAAUCCAUUAAGUUGAAUAGAUUUGAUUUUAAAGCUUUAAAAGAAGCAUGUAUAAUUUUGUUAUAUUUAAAAAGGUAUGAUCAAUUUAAAGAUUUAAGAUUAGAUAUGUAUAAUGAUAGUGUAAAGAAUGUAAAGGAUAAAGCUGUGUUAGUUUUUUCAUAUCAUUUAACAAAGAGUUAUGAAAAAUGUUAUGUAAUUAUAAAACAAAUUGACAAUGAAUUAAUAAAUGAUAAUGAAUUGAGUAUUAAUGAAAAACAUGAUUUGUUAGUAUAUUUAAGUGAAAUAUUAUUAGAAGGGAAAAAAUAUAAAGAAUGUUUAAAUUUUUUAAAUAAAUAUCAAUCUGUUUUAUUAGAUACUUUAUGGUAUUAUCAAAUGUUAGGUUUAUUAUAUUUAUAUCAAGAUGAUUUUAAAACAUCCAAUUUAUAUUUUAAAAAAGCAUUUUCUAUGAAUUAUGAAAAUAUAAAUAUCCUUUUAUUAAUUUUAUAUACAGAAAGGGAUUAUUAUAUGCAUUGUGAUAAUAAUACAGAUGAAAAGGAUCAGAAUUUAAAUAAUUGUAAAGAAAAUAUUACAAAUUCGAUGAGUACAAAUACACAGGGAAAGAAAACCUUAUCAAGUCUUUUCUAUUUGGAUUAUAAAAAUGAACAUAAAGCAAAUGAAAAAGUUAUUUUAGAUAAUAAUGUAAAAAUAUUAUUACAUGAAUUAAUAUUAGAUAUAUAUGGAUCUGAUAGAAACUUAAAAUUACUUUCUUAUGUAGAAAAAAAUAUAAUAAAUGAUUAUAUAUGUCACAAUUUAGAUAUGAAGAAAUAUGAUAUAUAUAGUGUAUCACAAUUUAACAACUUUGUAAAUAUAAAUUUAAUUGAUCAACAUAAUAUUAUACCUUCUAUGGAUAUAGACAAUGUAGAUGGUUUUAUAGAUAAAUUAAAUGAAAAUAUAAAAAAGGAAAAUAAAAAUAUAUUAAAUAAUAAUAAUAAUAAUAAUAAUGCGAAUUUAGACAAAUCACCUUAUGAUUAUCAUCAAUUUAAUAAUCUUCAUUUUUCUGAAUUGUUAGGUGUUGAUUUACCUUAUUGUUAUAAAAAGAAAUAUGAAAAACAUAUGGAUAAAUUAUAUUAUUUUAAAAUAAAAAAUUUAAAUGAAGAAGAAGAAGAAUGCUUAGAAAAAUAUUUUAAUAAUUUACAACAAUUAUAUAAAAAUUCUAAUUUACUGAAAAUUAUUCCUUUAUAUUUUUUUAAUGAAAACAAAUUUUCACUUUAUGUAGAACAAUUAAUACGUUCUUUAUGUUUUCAAAAGUCCUUGACUAUUUUUAAUUAUUUUAAGCCAUUAUUAACAUUUCGAAAUAUAAAUAUUAUACUUUUCUUACUUCAUAAAUAUAUAGAUUAUUAUGAUAAACAAAAAGAUAUUUGUCCAUUCAUUGUAAAGACUGAUAUACAAGUAAAAAAUGAUAUUAUGGAAGAAAACACACAAAACCUCAAAACAAAAAAUAAUGAACACAUGGAAAAUAAAGAAGACUUAAAUAAUAUAUCUGAUCAUUUACAAAAUGUGAAGAAUUUAGAUACUAGUACCCAUUUUGAAAAAAGAGAGGACAUGGAACAACACGAUGAAAAAAUGUAUAAUAAGAAUGAAGAUAAAUCAAAUGGUAUCUUACUAUCUGACCAUAACAAUAAUAAUAAGGAUAAUAAAAAAAGUAAAAAGAAUGACAAGGUUGAUGAAGAAGAAGAUGAUGAUGAAAAUAUUCCAUCUGAAUUAAAUGAUAAAGACUUAGAAAAAUUAAUAGAGAAAAAUGUGGAAAUUAAAGAUCUUAUGGGUAUAUCUAGUCCAUUAGGAAAUAAUAAUAUAAAAAAGAAAAAAGAUAAUAAAAAAAAUAAUGAUAAUGAAAAUAAAGAAAUUAAACUUGAUUUAAAAAAAUCAUGUUUAACAAAUGAGGAAAAGAAAGAAUAUUUUAUUAUUUGUAUUUAUUCUUUUAUUAUACAAUUAUAUGAUUAUAUAAAUUGUACAGAUAAAGCAUUAGAACUUAUUGAAAAAUGUAUAAAAAGUAUUGAACAAAAAACAAAUAAAAAUUUAAUAUAUGAAUUAAUAUUUAUUAAAGGAUUAAUUUAUAAACGUAAUGGUAAUUAUUUAGGUGCAUAUAAAUAUUUUGAACAAUGUAGAAAUGUUAAUAUAGGUGAUAGGUAUAUUAAUACAAAAACUAUCAAAACAUGUUUAAAAUGUGGACUAAUCAAAGAUGCAAAAAAAAUGGCAAGUAUUUUUACAAAUCCUUUAGAUAAUAAUUUUUUUAAAAAUAUAAAUGAAACACAAUGUUUUUGGUUAGAAUAUAAUAUAUCAUUAAGCUAUGUUAAUAAUCAUCCAAAUAUACAUUUAAUACAUUAUUUAAAAACAGAAGCAAAUAAUAUAUAUGAUUUUAAAAAUGUAUCCCCUUGUGAUAAUCAACAUAAUGUGAAAAAUAUAACAACGCAAAAUGGAAACAUUCCACAUCACAACGACAAUAAUAAUAAUAAUAAUAAUAAUGAUGAUGAUACAAAUAAAAUUGAUGAUAUGCUUAAUGAAACACCGUUCAAUUUAAAAAAAAGUAUUUUAUUAGAGAAUGAUAUUAAUUCAAAAAAUAUAUUUCAAGAUUAUAGUAAAGGAUUACAUUUAUUACAUAUGGGACAUAAACAAUUUAUAGAUAUACAUGAAGAUCAAAUAUGUUUCUAUUAUUAUACUAUGAGAAAAAUGUUAUUUAAAACAUAUAGACAUUUAUUAUAUAUGACUGGUCAUCUUUUUUCAAGUCGAUUCUAUCGUAGAUUUGGAAAAUCUCUAAUCAGAAUUUUAAUAGAUAUGUAUGAUUUUAAAAUAACCGGAAAAGUAGAAACAAAUAAAGGAAAUAAAAAGAAAAACAAAACUAAUAAUAAUAAUAAUAAUAAUAAUAAUGUAUUAAAUCAGGAAGAAAAUAUUUUUUAUGAACAUAUUCAAAAUGAACCUUUAGAUAAUGCUAUGAUAUAUAUGAACACAUUUUUAUCUCAACCAAAUAUUGAUAUAUCAGUACACAGAUUGAAUUAUGAAAUAGAAAAGAGGAAAGGUAAGGAUUACAUCCAAUUGAUUAAUAUCAUUACAAAAAUGAAAUCCAUUUUCCCACAUCAUAAUUAUCAUCAUAAGUUGGCUCCAGUUAUUUCUCACUAUCUACAUACAGUUCCUAUUGAUGACAUGUCUGAUAACGAUAAGAAAGAGAUAACAACAAAAUUAAAUGAGCUCUUUAAUUUAAACCAUUCAGAAUAUGAUGUAAAUCUUUUGAAAACAAUAAGAAAACAAUAUAUUGAAGAUUUUAUUAAUUUUUUUGAAGAACAUAAAAAGGGGGAUUUAUGUUAUUAUCAAUCUGCCCUUGAAGUAUAUAUGGAUUGCAAUGAAAAAAUUGACUCGAGAUUUUUAAAAAAAGUGGAUAUGAAUAUAGAAAAAAAUAAAUUAGAAAGAUGUUUUAAAUUUUUAAGAUUCCUAAUUAAACAUAAGGAGAAGCAUUUAUCCUUAUCUGAACUUAUAGACCCAUUUAAAGCUGCCUGUAGAAAGAUAUAUCCACUAGCAACAGCUUUCGAAUGA